AGAAGCCCGGCCAUGGCGGACGGCGGGUGUCCGCCGGAAAAGGAGCAUCUGAUCGAUUACGUGUGCUCUGAGACAGGAACGACUCGCGACACAGCAAUCUUCUACCUCCAAGCUUACGCAUGGGAAGCAGGGAGCGCCAUCGCUGCAUUGCUUGAGGACAACCCAUCGCCGAUUUUCCACCGACUCCCUGCAGAUUUUUCUUCGGCUUUGCCUCCGUCUCCUCCGCCGCUCAGGACGGAAACGGCGGAGGCUGAAAAUCAACCGGGAACUGUGCAGGAUCCAGUCGGUUUCUUCUGUGAAUGCACAGGACAGUGUCGAGAAGCAGCACUCUUCUACCUCGAAGGUUUCAAGUGGAAUUUCGAAGAAGCCAUCAAUGGCUUCCACAGCAAUAUUCUUCCGCCGCUCGGCGACUCCAUUUCUCAGAAUCUUCCGACGGAUGAAGCAAUGGCCAUUGAUACAAACCCUAGCUCUGAGCCUCCUCCCUCUCCGCCUCCGCCGUCGAAGCGACUGCGAUCUCCGUCAUCCCCUCCGGAGGAUAGUUCUUUUACGUUUCCUAAACUGGAGCAUUAUAGUUUAUUGGAAGAGCAAGAACAAGUCCUUGGUGAUUCAUUUGCCAGUGACAUAUCAAAGGUUGUGAGUGCCAUGAGAAGCAAUAUCGAAGCGCUCGGUUCCAUGGCAACUACUGUAAACAUGUCCCAUAAGAAGGUGAGUGCCAUGAAAAACAAUAUCGAAGCGCUCGGUUCCAUGGCAACUACUGUAAACAUGUCCCAUAAGAAGGUAAGCCCUAUUCGCUCUAACCUGUUUCCAGUCAGAUUCAAUAUCUGUCUCGGCUUAAAACGUUGCCCGGAAGAAUUGCAGGACGAGGAACUGGAUGAACAAACUUCAAUCAUGGAGGAGGUAUCUUCUGCUCCCACCCCUGAAUCAACCUUUGAUAUCGAACUUGCUGACGGAAUCAAGUUUAUCGCGAAAUUCAAUCCACGAGAUAGGAUCAGAGAUGUUCGUGACUACGUUGAUUCAAUGAGGCCUGGUGAGCCAAAAGACUACAAGUUGCUGACAAAGAGCUCUCCUCGGAGAGAGCUUACCGAUAUGGAUCAGACCAUCGAAGAGGCUGGCAUCAAUGACUCGGGUCUAAUUCAGGAGUAUCAUCGUGAUAGUUCUACUCCGACCACUGGGGACCAACCCUUCUCGGCAGGAGCAGACUCACCAGUCAUUGGUCUAGUAGAGGAUCCGAGCAGACGGGCUGUUGCACUUGUGAUUCAUCUACGGGACGGGAGCGAGUUGGAGCUGUCAUUUACCUACGACAAAACCAUCAGAGACAUCCAUGAACGUGUCGAUAAAAUCAGACCUUAUGAUGGAAAAGCCUACCAUUUUCUGGAUUCUGAAGCGAGGGAGCUUAGAGACAUGGAUCAGACCAUAGAGGCGGCUAAGUUGGAUGAGCCCAGACUAGUGCAGAUGGAUGACUAUUAGCUUAACUCUCUUGUACAGUGAGACAACAAAGAACAUUUAUUGGAAACAAUACAGAAUGAGAU